CUGAGAACCGGGACCACUGGAAGAUGCCUGUGCAGUUUGAAGCCUUUUGCUCAGGUGGCCUGGUCCCAGGCUGGAGUCUGAUGGUCCAGGGUCAGACCAACUCCAAAGAUGAUGAGUUUGAAAUAAACUUCCUCUCUGAGUCAGGUGACAUCGCUUUCCACUUCAAACCCCGGUUCUCCAAUGCCACCUUGGUCUGCAACUCCUUCCAGACCAGUCAUUGGGGUGAAGAGGAAGUUUUCAAUGUCUUCCCUCUGGAACUAAAAGAACCCUUUGAGAUUGAAAUCUUUUCAGAUUCAGAAUAUUUCCAUGUCUUCAUCCAAGAGAACAAGGUGGCACAGUACGAGCACCGACACAAACCAUUGGCCUCCAUCAACAAGGUGCAAGUGUUGAACGACCUCAGAUUCCCCCUGGUGGAGCUUUCCAAGAAGCGCCUUUAUAGAAGCGCCCUGUAAAUGAGAAACAUCAUCGCCUCAAUCAAUAAGCUAGAUCAUAGAUUUAGAAAUGGAGGGGAACCUCAGAGACCAAAAAGUCCAACUCCCUUCACCUCAUAGAUGUGGAAACCGAAGUUUAGAGAAUUUAAACAAUUUUCCCAAUGUGACAAUUAAAAAUUUCAAGAGACUGGGUACUGGGUAAGAAAAUCAAUUUAUUGAUCAGGCUAGCAACAACCAAUAAAUCAAUUGGUCAGUGAUCUGCCAAUGAUCAAAGACAAAGACAUUCAUCAUCUUGAGUCAUUAAAUACAAAUUUGGAAACUCAUUAUUCAACUCUUCCCUAGACAGCUCUAAUUAGUGAACAUCUAAUGAGAAAGGCUGGUUUUUUACAGUCCCUUCCUGAUUCCUUCAUGUGGAGGCGGGGGCGGGGAGGGGAGGAAUCAUGUUUGGUCAUAAGAUUGAGUUGGGUGUGUUGUGGUUAUUGGUCUUCAUAGCUCAUUUCAAAGGGGGACCCCAGGACACUGCCCUGCUGCCCUCCAGACAUAUGCUUGGUUUAAGCUAAUUCUUGUUUGCCAAACAAGAAGGGGGUCACAAUCUCAACUUUAAUCACUCCAGUUUAGAAGAUGCUCUGGUGCAGGGAAUAUAAGAGACUGUCAGGACAAAGGAAUGAAGAAAGAGGCUUGAAACAUGGACCAAGCCUCAGGUUGAGAUAAUGAUUAUUUCAAAAUAAAAAAAAGAUACAAUAUUAGAAAUAAAUCUUGUCACCGAAGUCACAUAGGUAGCAAAGCUGAGAUUUGAAACAGCAUUAUUUCCACUGGACCAUUCUACCCCCGUAUAUCAAGAGUGGGCUUUGCACUUGUAUCCUCUGACUCCAGAGUCAGUUCUCUCUCCACUACAUAAACCCCAACCUUUUUACACAGGGAGCCAGUUUACUGUCCUUCAGACCAUUGGAGGGCCAGAUUAUAAAAACAAAACAAAACUGUGAACAAAUUUGUAUACUGCUUCUGGGAUAGUGAAGGCUGCAGCGCUGGCUGUGAUGGGCACCUUGCACAGGCCCAUCACUGCCACCACUAUCCUGGGCAACAGUAUACACAGUGCUCCUCCCCCAGAUCACCGCUCACCAUGCUGACAUCUUCCAUUGUGCAGUCACAUAAUCCUUUUCGUGGCUCCUCAUUUUCAUGCAGUUACUCUCAGAAGAAGGCACCAGGCAAAGGAUUAUGAAACUGGAAGUAGUACUGUAUGUGAGUGAUACCACACUUUGCAGCACUGCCACAUACAGUGCUCCUCUCACUGACCACCAAUGAAAGAGGAGCCCCUUCCAGAAGUGCGGUGGGGGCCAGAUACAUGGCCUCAGGGGGCUGUAGUUUGGGGACUUAUGCCAUAAAUUAUCAGAUCUGAUAGAAUGUAUCCAGGUCCUCCUGCCCCUCCCAUCCAGAGCAAGAAGGGCAUCAGAACCAUCCUGGAUCACUUGUGCCAUUAAGUCACACUAGCAUUAUGUCACACUAGCAGCACCACCAGCUCAAAUAGCCCAAUCAUCACAAUCCCAGACCUUUGUGGGGGAAUGGGGAGAAUAAACAUCCAUUAUGACACUGUGCUAAGUGCUUUACAGAUCUAACAAUAAUAAUAGCUAACAUUUAUAUAGUAUAUUUGCAGCUAACAUUUAUAUAGUGUAAACCUCAAAUUUCCUUAGACUUAUAAAUGUUGGAAAUUUCACCAUUGGGAUAUUUCAUACUUGGAAAAUUUCUUACUGAUAGUCUAUUGGAAUGGGAACCCCAUUGGCAUGGGAGGUUCCUUCUCUUCCCUUCUUAAGAUUACUUUAGGACAGAAACCCUUUGCUGAACAAUGGAAAGGACUUUGACCUAUGCUUAAGCAUAGAACAGGAAUUUCUUUGAGUCAUGAUUGAUUUUAGAAUUGAUACAAUGGAGAUACUUGGAAUAAAUCUCCACCCUAUUCAGUCCUAAUAGGAUUGAGUAAGGGCUGCAGCCUAGAUCAAAAUUUAAUUAUUCCAAUCUCUACCCUACUCAGGUUAGCAGGAUUUAGAAAGGGCUGUAGCAAAGGAGUAAAGAUUUAAUCAUUUGAAAAUAUGACCUUCAACAGACAUGUGCAAAAGCCAGAAACCUCUGGGCGGUCCUGGGUUAAGCUAGAGCCUCCAUUGACAGGGAAAUUGAUGAACAGUGAUUGGUAGAUGUGAGGACUGAGGGGAGGCAACUUGGAGGGUUUCCUUAAAGAUAGGGGGUCUGAAGACUCGGGAAGGGAGUGGAGUCUUGGUCAGUGUGGUUCCUGUGGGCUCUGAGAGGCUUGCUCUGAAGGAAGCUGAAGGUGGGGGCCUCUGAGACUGUUUCUCCAUUUUGGACACGUGAGUAAUAGGGACUGAUCUCUUUUCUUUGCCCCAGCUAAUCCAUGGUACCACCUAGCUGAUUCUAGGCUUUAUGUAGCACUUUCCAAUUUACAAAGUAUUAUCAUGUAUCUCAUUGGAUUCUCACAAUAACCCUUUUGGCCCAGCCUAAACAGAAGGGGUAUUUAAGCCCUAUUCCCUUCUCUCCCUUUUUCUCUCUCUCUAUCUCUAAUUCCUUUCUUACUCCUAUUGUAAUUAAACUCCAAAAAAGGCUGACGGCUGACUUGAGUUUUUCAUUUAGGAAUUACAUAGCUGAUUCCUUGGCGACCUUAAUUUAAUAUAUAUCAGUCUUUUAAAGUGAU